CACGAAUACAUUUUGGCGAAUGCGAAGCGCACUUUUGCUCUCGCGAGCAAACAAAUUUUGAAAUUAAAAAAUUCCAGCUCUGAAUAAGCAGCCUCUAUAAACGCGCGUAAUAUUUGAUUUCGAUCGAGAUGAUUAUCGAGAAAGCCUGCGCGAAAGAAGGGAGAGGGGGGGGGGGGGGGAAGAAACAAAAACCGUCGCUAUUAUCCACCAUAACCCAAAAGCGAAAUUCCCGUCCUUCAUCUCUCUCUCUCUCCCGCGAAUCUAUCAUCUCCGAUAAAGCUAAAUUAAAAAAGCUCUCUCUUUCUCUCUCGCCACACAGCUACGGUAGAGUCACAAGGAUGUGCGACAAAAGCAAAUGCAGCUGCAAAAAGAAGGCCAACCAGGCCCCUUCGUCGGUUCAGCGCAAGCUCGAGGAGGAGUACGGCAAGUUCGCCACGACGCCGAGCGACUCGCUCCUCAAGAAGUAUCUCACUCGCGAGGUCUUCGACAAGCUCAAGACUCGGAAGACUCGCUACGGCUCGAGCCUGCUGGACGUGAUCCAGUCGGGCCUGAAGAACCCGGACUCGGGUAUCGGAGCUUACGCCGCCGAUCCGGAAGCCUACACGACCUUCGCCGCCCUCUUCGACCCCAUAAUCGAGGACUACCACGAGGGCUUCAAACCGACCGACGUACACCCCCCGUCUAACUGGGGCGACGCGAGCAAGCUACCGAGCCUCGACCCCGAGGGCAAGUACGUCAUCUCCACGAGGGUCCGGUGCGCCAGGUCUCUGGAGAACUAUCCGUUCAACCCGACGAUGAGUCGAGAGCAGUAUCUCGAGAUACAGGAUAAGAUUUCCGGCGCACUGAAGAGCCUGGACGGCGAUCUAAAAGGCGAGUACUACCCUCUCGAAGGCAUGGACAAGGAGACCCAGCAGCGGCUGAUCGAUGAUCACUUUCUUUUCAAGGAGGGCGACCGCUUCUUACAGGACGCCCGAGCUUGCGAAUUCUGGCCGACCGGCCGUGGCAUCUUCUACAACGGGAACAAGACGCUGCUGGCCUGGUGCAACGAGGAGGACCACCUGCGGCUGAUCUCGAUGCAGAAGGGGGGCGACCUGUCGGCGGUCUACGCUCGCUUGAUCGAAGCUCUCGGCAAGCUCGAACGCCAGCAGCUCAGAUUCGCACGUCACGAGCGCUUAGGAUACCUGACCUUCUGCCCGACCAAUCUCGGCACGACCAUUCGCGCUUCCGUGCACGUCCGGCUGCCCAAGCUCGCGGCCGAUCCUCAGGAGCUCAAACGCGUCGCCGGUAUUUACAAUCUCCAGGUACGAGGCACGCGAGGCGAGCACAGCGAGAGCGAGGGCGGCGUCUACGAUGUCAGCAACAAGAGGCGAAUGGGGCUGACGGAACACGCGGCCCUCCUCGAGAUGGGCAACGGGAUCGCCGAGCUGAUCAGGCGGGAGGAGACUUUAUAAGACGACUUAGUGACGCUGCGUUUUUUUCUCCGCUUCCGAGAGCGAUUGCGCGAUGAAACUGAUGAACUUCACCAUAUACAAGGGCCUGGCAUUUUCAAGGCCUGUGGAGAGAGAUCGAAUCGUAAACUUUGGCAAGCCGACUAACGUUUUUAACGAAAUUCCUUUUGGUGGAGAAUAAAGAGAUUCAUUGAUCCUGAUA